GGCUCGGCGGACGCGUACGCUCCACGGGGCGCCGCUAAAAGUGAAUCCUGGACUUUCUAUCAACAGAAGUUCUUUCUGUCAUGUUAUUUCAUCCACCGGGAAACGAAUGCGAUAGCCGAGCAGCCAAUCAGAUCCGUCAACGCGAGUUAACAACGGAGGGUUUCGAACCGUAAACACGCACGUGGCUUCUUUUUCAUCUCUGUACCUCUUGGGAGAAGGACCCCUGGCAUGUGGCUCUCUCUGAGGCACCUACAGUAGGGUCUCCCCUCAGCUGGGGGGGGGGCGUCCUCUUAACCUGCAAGCUCGGAGGCUGGAACCAAUCAGCUCCCUGGAAACGACCCUACACCCCAGCAGUCAAUCACCCACUCAGUCAGUGGUCGAGCAGGACACACCUGAAACACAUCACACACAAGCGCCACAGCAGAGAGAGAGAGAGAGAGAGAGAGAGAGAGAGAGAGAGAUCCACAGGCACAGUACUUAAAGCACCUCAGGGUCCUUACAGAGAUAUACAAAUAACAUUUGAUUGAUUGCCUAGAGGACUUAGGCUACUUAAGUGCUGACGAUGACAGUCCUGAAUCUGUCCUUUGCCGCCUGUGGAUUCUUGGGGAUCUACCACUUGGGUGCCGUGGGGGCCUUCCUCCGCCACGGGAACCAGCUGCUGGGCUCCCUCGGGGCCUGUGCAGGGGCCUCGGCCGGGGCCCUGGUGGCUGCUGUAAUGAUCACGGCCCCCGACAAGUUGGAGGAGUGUAAAGACUUCACUUACAGGUUUGCUCAGAAUGUGAGAGCCCAGCAGCUCGGAGCCAUGACACCAGGAUACAACUUCAUGCUGACGCUACGGGAGGGGAUCGAGGAGAUUCUACCCGGUGACGCUCACAGUCUGGCCACGGACCGCCUCCACGUCUCAAUCACACACUCCAGAAGUGGCAGGAACCACAUUGUGUCGAGGUUCACCUCCAGGGAGGAGCUCAUAAAGGCUCUACUGGCCAGCAGCUUUGUUCCUGUCUAUGCUGGACUCAAACCAGUGGAAUUCAGGGGACAGAAAUGGAUCGAUGGAGGCUUCACUGACAGCCUGCCCAUUCUGCCCGUGGGGCGAACCAUCACCGUGUCUCCCUUUGCCGGACUGCAGGAUGUGUGUCCUGUCCACAGCGGGCGCUUCAACACUCAUCUCAGGCUGGCCAACAUGAAUGUUAUGUUCUCCAUGGAGAACAUCAAACGUCUGAACCAGGCUCUGUUCCCUCCAUCAAGCAGCGGCAUGCACUUCUUAUGCGAGCAAGGUUUCGAUGACGCCGUGAGGUUCCUGAAGAGGGAGGACUGGAUGAGCUGACGGAAAGAAAGAACCUCAAGGAAAGAACUUGAUAUCAUUCAAAGAAAAAGGAGGACAGAUUUGAUUGAUUUUACUGUAUUCUAUUCCCAGUGUGACUUUAGUUUAAGAGUGUCUCCACGGAGCGAUGCUGGAGAGAAUCGACCGGCACAUUCAACAGCUCCACGCACACCGAUCUGUGAACAUCGCCUGUGAUGGCCUCAGUGUAUAUUUAUAAAGCAGAGCAUGAAAGAGA